CGCGAAGGGCUGACUAAGAAGUCCCCACCACAACAUCAUCGCCGCGUUCAGUCAUCUCCACGUCUCUACUUCACCCUCCAGACUACCCAUGCGGGUUGUCGGAAGCCGUUUCGUUCGUCCUGAGCUCACUCUCACAUCCAUUCGAUCCCAUCCAGCCCUUUGCCAGGCUCGCAAACGCGGUCUCUGCGGUCCCGCAGCCCCGACCCCCCGCGAUCUCACAGCCCAGCUCCAUUGUCAAGGAUGUCGAAAGCAGACGCAUCAUCUUCCAAGCCGUCCGGUCAAAGCAGUCCCGCAGGCCUCCUAGCACCGACUCAGCAAUACUUCUCCCACGAUCUCGGCCAGCGGCGGAGCGGAAGUGCCAGCAGCAACGCGAAGUCCAACCCCGCCCCCCGCAAAGAGCAGCAGAGCAAGCCGAAGCAUCGCAGCGGGAAGAGAUAUCUGGCUGUGGAUGAGGAUGCAGAGGCUGAGAUACGCAGCAUGCAGAAUCCACACAACCGGAAGGGGCAGACGUCCAUCACACAUUUGAUGAACUUUGCCCUACCGCCCCGCCCGUCUCAGCAGAACCAGUAUCAUCGGCACAGUUACAAUGGACCUCGGCGAGGUGGGAGGAACCCGACUUGGGGCAUGGGCAGCGGCUAUCACGCUGUCGACAAGUCAAGGUACAUCCACUCCAACUACCGCUUUAUCGUGAACCCGCAGGGCGAUUAUCACGUCCAAGCGAGCGAUCCCGAUCUAUAUCUCGACUGGAGCAAUGUCUUACAGAUCAUUGCGUCCUCGAAGACGCAAGCUGCAUCGUGUCCAAUCUGCCUCGGCGAGCCGACAGCCCCGCAGAUGGCGAAAUGCGGGCACAUGUUCUGUCUACCAUGCCUGAUACGAUACAUGCACUCCGAAGACGCUAGCGCUCAGCCGCCUGUGGAGAAAAGAGCUCGGUCGAAGAAGUGUCCAAUCUGCUGGGACAGUAUCUACAUCUCCGAGACUCGACCCGUGCGGUGGUAUGUUGGUCAAGAAAGCGACCCGCCGCACGAGGGCGGUGAUGUGGUCAUGCGACUGGUCAAGCGGAAGCCUGGUCAGACGCUUGCCAUGCCGCGAGAAAGUGCAGAGCCCGUGGCGAAGGGCGAAGAUAUCCCAUGGUUUUUCGCCGCCGAGGUCAUGGACUAUGCUCGAGUCAUGAAAGGGAGCGAGGAGUACAUGACACGACAAUAUGAGGAGGCGAUCGAGGCGGUUGAAGAGCUGCAGAGGAUUGACGAAUUGAUGUUCGGCGAGGACGCCGAAUGGACCGGACGAGCCAUACGCAUGCUUAACGAGUCGAGGGAGAAGGUGAAGGGGAUUGGCAACCCGCCGGAGCAGCCGAAGAAGCCCGAGCAGGAGGAGCCCAAGCCCGAGCGACCACCGAUUCAGUUCAACGAUAACGACGAGAACGUGCCCGACAUGUACUUGCAGAAGCAUCCCGCGCCAGCUACACCCACCAUCCAAGAUCCCAGCGCGGACCAGUCCGCUGCUCCGGCGGACCAAACCAACAGCACUGCAAUCCCACGAACGAUACAUGAACUCCGGACUCGACAUAACGAGAAACCGCAACCCUCCGAAUACCUCUUCUAUCAGGCACUCCUUCAUUACUACCUCUCACCCUUGGACAUUCGCAUCCUCAAAGCUGCGUUUGGCUCAUACACCGCUUUUCCAUCCAGCAUCUUGCCGAAGGUGGAAAGGGUAUCACACGGACACAUAGUGGACGACGAGCUGCGGAAACGCGUCAAGUACCUCGCCCACCUCCCAUACGGCUGCGAGGUCGCAUUCAUGGAAUGUGAUUGGACGGAUUUCGUCUCGCCCCAAGUCCUCGAAGAAUUCACACCCAUGCUGGAGCGGAGGCGAAAGCGGCACGACGAGAAGGACGCACGAGAGGAGAAGGAGCGCAUCCGAAUUGAGAAGGCGGAGGAACGAGAGCUGAACGCUAUACGGCGAAGGCGCACCUCCAUCCCCCACGACUUUUUCUCCUCCGAGUCCCUGCCUGUCCUCGGAUCCAGUCACGAUCCACACGGUUCCGUCCCGUCCGACGGAGCAGUCGCUGCCUCACCGCCGUGGGCGAACCGAACCACGUCUGGGUUUGCAUCGCUCGCUUCCCCUUCCACAUCCCCUACUGUCCACCGCACAGUGUGGGGCACCACUGCUGUCACGCCCGCCAGUCCCGAUAUGCACGCCACGCUGCCGCGAGAUGAGGAACUUCGGCCGGACGAUGGAUGGUUGCAAGGAUGGGAGAAGGACUUGCUCGAUCAUGGCGAUCGGCUGGCUGCUGACCUCGGCGGUGUCAGCUUGCAGGGCGCUCAAGGGCGGGCGAGUGGCGCUGGAGGGAAUUCAGGCGGGGGUGGAAAGAAGGGCAAGAAGGGCAAGAAGAUUACGCUCAUGAGUACGACUGCGAGACGGGGUGCUUGAAAGGGUGGCGCUUCAUGCAGUGCGUGGUGUUUGGGAACGUGGUUGUAAUCAAGUCAUGAUCAUUUAUGUACAGCAUUCCUCGGUCGAAAUGACAAUCGCCUUGCAGCGACCGUUACAA